AAAUAAAAUUGUCAACGAAUCAAACUCUUGUGAUACCAAGAUCAACACUACCAUUGCAAAAGAAAUCAUCAAGAUCAGAGCCAAAAUUAAUAAUGAUCUUACUGCAAAAAUAAAUUUUUGUGAUGCUAAUUAUACAACGGAAGCACAAAAUAUCAUUACCAUGAUUAAUGAUGUAUAUGAGAAAUAUAACAAAAUCAAACAGGUUCUAGAAACUUACUAUAAUAAUUUUAAUCAAAUUGUUAAUGAAUUUGAAACAAUCAAAAGAACUAUUACAACACUCCAAGACGAAAUCAAUCAAUGA